CAGAAUAAAGGAAGCAUUGCUUCUGCUAUUUGUGGAUCUUUUUUAUUCUGAGCUUUUUUUGAUUUUGUAUUUUAUUCACGUGUUAUUAUGAAUUGUAUGUCUUAAAAAGCCUCGAUUACAGACUUCAACUCCGAGGCAACAGCGCCAUCUUUUGUUGCUAUGGAGAAAUGAUGCUCUCCGCGCCAGCUAGCAUUAGCACGAGCGUCCACAUACCGGGCACGUCCAUUUUGUUUAGCCUAGCUAGCCUGGCUAACGUCGCAUUACCGGUUGCAGAGAUGGAUGACGGCGACGAGCCGGGGAUCGUUCUCUCCCACAACACUUCUUCAGGCUCCAAGUCGAGCGGGGACAAGAUGUUUUCCCUCAAGAAGUGGAACGCGGUGGCGAUGUGGAGCUGGGACGUCGAGUGUGAUACGUGUGCUAUUUGUCGCGUACAAGUGAUGGACGCUUGUCUCCGGUGCCAGGCGGAAAACAAACAGGAGGACUGUGUCGUUGUAUGGGGCGAGUGCAACCACUCCUUCCACAACUGCUGCAUGUCCCUUUGGGUGAAGCAGAACAACCGCUGCCCCCUCUGCCAACAGGACUGGGUGGUUCAGAGAAUCGGCAAAUAAGCUCCCAGUCCGGGCGGCCCGAGUCUCCAACUACACCAUAUGUGCACCCGGGAGUGGUGGCAGACCUGACAAUGAUCACUGCGGCGUCCGGUGCCGAGAGCCACUGACGCCCACGACCCGUCGUCCUUCUUAUGAAUGCAUGUUCCAGUACUCCUGGUGCCCAAGUUGGACGGAGGGCUAAUGUAAAGCAGACUUGUUGUUCACUGAUUGGUCGAUGUGGCUCUGGACAUAUCGUGAAGAGAAGAAGUAACCUUGUUACGGUGUUUGGUCACAUGUUAGCUUGACGUUAUUGUCUGUGGUGGUGUUCAGCAGAUCCUGAAUACGUGUCUUUUUAAAUAAUAAAGAACUGUAUAUAGCUGUA